AUGAAGAGUAACAAAGUUGCUCAGAAAACUACGCCUCUUGCAGGGUCUGCCAAGUAUAAUAACUUUUUAGUAACGUUUAAUGUCGCACAUCGACUAAAAUAUUUAAUUGAUACAGAAAUAUUAUUCGGAGUUAAUCGUAUAUAUUUACUUGACUGUAGCAAAGCUAAGUUCUGGACAACCCAAUUGUACAUACCGUUUUUACUGGCUGUAAUAAUUUACUUGCUUAUAUUUACUAGCUCGUACAGUGCAACUUAUAAUGUGGUUAGAAAUACAUCUUAUGUGGAGUGUGUACUAUUAUCUAUUAGUGCAACGUACUUACAAAGAAAAAAGUUGUCAGAUUAUUUUAAAAAUAUGAGUACAUUCGACGAAAAUUUUCAUUUAAUUAAUCAAUUGAUUUCUCCUAACCCUAAAAAAUCUUUUAUUUGUGUUGGGGUUAUUAUUAUUAGUGUAAUUGUGGAGUUCCUUGCUCUCGCUUCUUUUGGAACCGAAGAUUUAAUUUUUUCUGUAUACGUUAUUUACUUUUGUAAUUUAAUUCAUGAAAUAGAAAUGUUAUUUUUCUGCACAUUACUACAUUCCAUAUUAUUACGAAUCCGCAUACUUAAGACCUAUGUUGCAAACUUAUUUAAUGUUAAGGAAUACACAACGGAAAGUAGUAGAAAAUCAUAUACAACUCAAGAAUCUUCAAAAACAGUAAACUUCGAUAUAAAUUUCUUGCAUAAAAAUUAUGAAUUAUUACAUAAGAUGUCGGAGGAAUUAAAUUCAAGCAUGAGUUUUUCUAUGAUUGUAAUGUUUUCCUCUUCAGGUAUAUCUACAAUAAUGUUAUUAAAACAUCUAUUUCAAAUGUUUCAAAUCAAUGAAAUUACUCCGCAAUUGAACAUCAAUGUAGCAUAUGUAACAAUACGGUGCCUCAGAUUAACGAUACUUAUGAUCAUUCCUUGCUAUUUAUCAAACCAUAUAUAUUCACAAGUAGCUGUAAUUCGGAAGAUUCUUUAUGAUGCUUUGGAUUUCAAAAAGCAAGAUAAAUUGGAGCGUCGGAAAAUAAAAGUUUUUUAUCAACUCACUCACGACCAUGACUUAGCAUACGUUUUAUGGGGUUUGAUAAAACUCGACAUGUCUUUGCCUCUCAAUUACUCUAGUCUCUGCACCACAUAUCUCGUUAUAGUUUUACAGUUCUCUAAAUUUAUUGAUUAA